AUGGCGUGUAUUCACUUGUCAGUCAAAAACGUCUAUUGCCAACAGUGAGACCCUCCCAGAUAUGCAAAUGUGACCCUGUAAACAUCAAAGAGUCAGCUGGCAGAGCGGUCAUUUUGGUUUGCAUUAAUGGCCGGUAUGAUUUGCACAUGCCAAAUCUGCUGUGCAGAUUGUGUCUGGCACAGUGGACACCUGACCGGGGAGACCUUAUAAAGAGUGGAUAUUGGGUGGCAACUGUGCAUGCUGACACUUUGUUUUCAAUGGAUGUCUUCAGCACAUUCGAAGAGAUGAAAACUGUUGCCCCUUGUUUGUCAAGACAAGCAUUUUUGCGGAUGUUGGAGAGCAGGACUGUUCUCUUUGGAAGGGAUGGGAAAAUACAUGGAGAUGUCUUCCAACGAAGCUUCGUUGAAUAUACAUUCUGCCAGUACCAAUGUGACAGAAUGGCCAACGUGGAACAGUUCACCUGCCCAGCAUGUACACCAAACAUGCUUGCUCUCUGUGCAAAUGGCAACAGAAAACAAUACCGAUUUCGGCAGUCAAAAGGGUCAGAGGAGCCAUAUUUUGAUGGGACCUUUAUCUCCAGAGACGCAGAUGUCCACCAUUUUGUUGAGGACGUCAGAUGCAAAAUUAAAAGUACUGCUGGGAGAGGAACCUGUGGAGCAAGUCAGUGGUCUGCUGCUCGGGAGACUGCAAGAAGAGCGAGCAAACUUGAUGAAGAGGGGCUUGAGGUGGUUGUUUGCAGGCAUGGAGUGUUGCUCAAGGCUCUCAAUAUGUACAGGGGAGAAAUAUUUGCCUAUCCCCUGUUCCUGCAAAAAGAGCUUCAGGCAACCACAAAAGGGCAGUUCUACUGCACAGAUAUUGCCUGCAAAUACUGGCCCUACCUGGAGAAGCUGGCAGCAUCCAUGAUGGACCUCAGACCUUUGCUGCAGAUGAGGCCAUUCCUGUCCGUCAUGCAUGCCAAGGCCCAUUCAACCAAGUGUGAGAUCAUCUGGAGUGGCAGAAACCAGGAGGGUGCAGGCACAACUGCAGGGGAGGAGGUGGAAAUGGUAAACAGCUACCUUUCUCGUUGUGCCCUCACCACCAAGUAUAUGACAAAAUCUGCCAGGAAUGACAUACUGACGAUCCACGCAAUUGGGUGGAACAGACGGAAGCAGGAUGGCCUUCAUCUUGCCUUGUCCAGCAGAUAUAUCAAGACAGCAACAAAAUUUGACACUUGCGACGGAGGAAAUUGGGAGAAGAGAAGAAAAAACUCCUGGAGACGAUCAAGCUCUACAAUGAGCAGGUGCCACGUGAGGAGCGGAUUGAUGUGGAGAAGGUGGAGAGCAGACUCUCUGUGGUAGGACCAGACAGUGGCACAGAUCUAAUAUGGCCAUGGGAAGUGCACAGGAGUGAUUCCAGCAAUAUCCUCACAAAGAAGAAGAUUUUUGAUGCAUACAUGUCAAAAAUGCGGCUUGAAGAGGAAAAGGUCAUUGUGAUGAGGGAGAUGAGACAGCACUGCACCUGCCUCAGAAGUCUGGCUGAGAGCAUCA